AUGGUUUUAUAUUAAAAUAGCCUGAAUAGUUCCAUUAGAGCUUUAAUUAUAUAAAUAAAGCGUUAUAAUUUCUAUAGAAUUCUUUAUAAUGAUUUUUUUUUAUUACAGAAAUUAAUCAAAAAUAGAAAAUUCAUUAUAGAACUUCCAAAGCAAGGGCUUUUUUGAGGUUCAAGGAUAAUGAAGAAACCAUUCUGCUACAAAUGUCAGAUGAUCCUGAAAGGAGAAAUUGAAAAUUUGUGUCGAGCAAUUUUUUGGGGUGUUUUAAGAUUAUUGAUGAAGAAAAUCAGGAAACUUUAAGCUUUGAAAUAGAUCAUGAUGGAGAAUUUGCUAUUUAUGAUGAGAAACUAAUAGAAAUUGAAACAAAUAACCAGAAAAUAAUGCUUUUAUCAGAUCUUGAUAACACCCUUGUAGGAUACAAUGAAGUAGCAAGAUCUGCGUUGAUAAGAUUUAAUGAAUAUUGAAUAAGAAAACACUUAUUUUCUGGCUCAAAAUUAGUUUAUAACACUGGCCGAGAUUUUUGUCGAUAUAUAAGCUUGCUUAAUGAUGGCUUUGAACUAUUAGAGCCAGAUUUGCUCAUUACAGGCGCUGGAGUUGAAGCUUAUACAAUUGAUAAAUUGUCAGGGGAGUAUAUUCUUCAUGAAAACAUUUCUGAUCUUUAUGAUCUUGAGCAUUGGGAUUCUUCAACAGUCCAACAAAUCAUAGCAAAAGAUUUUCCAUGGCUUUAUACGCCUGCUGAAAAUAACGUCCACAAGCUAAAAAUCUGAAUGAAAGCUAACAUGCAGGAUUUUUUGCUGCAUUCUUCAGCGUUGAAAUUAUAUUUUAAAAAUCAUGAAAAUUUGAUGAGGUAUGGGAAAAUAAUAAAGGCAAAAAUUAUUAUAGCAGGAGAUAAUCUGGAGUGAAAAAAUUUUCACAUCACAGCGCAAAAUGGAGGUAAAAACACUGGAGUAGCCUUUGCAAAGGCAUUUUUCUUAACUUAACUUAAUUAUUCGGUGUUUAAGGUGUCUAGUGCCGCAGUCCCAAAAUGGAACUUUUAGCUAACUAGUGACGUCGCGGUGGUCAGCCCAACCGGCCAAGCCUUCUAUCGACGCUUCGUCCCUAGCCGCCGCAUAUCUCACCCGGCCCCGUUGCCGUCGCUCUGCCUCGACUCAGCUCCUGCGCGUGUUCCUCCUAAGAGUCUUCUUCCCGUGGAGAAGUGCUGAGGGGUAAAACUCCGAAAUUUUGAACGCACUGAGGAGCUGUUCUUUUUGUUUAUCCCCAAAAUUAAACAGCUAUUGCUGUGCAGAAGUUCUCGAGAGAAACCCAACCCCAUAAAUAAAAUUCCAUGAGGGAGAGAAAAUUAGCAGAGCUAAUUUCUCUCGAACCGAAUACCAUUUUAUUUAUGCAAAGGCAUUUUUUCAAUUUUGAAGAAAAAUAUAUGAUCGCAGCUGGGGAUUCGGGAAAUGAUAUUGAUAUGUUUAAAGGAGAAAUCUGAGGAAUUAUAGUCGGAAACUAUGAAGAAGAGCUGGGGGCAUGGCUUAAUAAGAAGCCAAGAAUAAACAAAAUAAUUUCAAAUUACAGUUUUGCGGAUGGCAUUAUUGACGGAAUACAAAAAAUAACAAAAAAUAUGUCUAAUAGCCAAUAA